CUGAUAAUUCUGUGUAAACUUCUUGUAUUGCUGUUAAUUAUAGCCGCACUCCUAACUUUGCAUAUGCUCUUUCUCUCUCUCAAGAGUCAAGCCACCAUUGUUACUUUACUGUCCAAAACAUGAAGGUCUAAUAUAAUUCACUUUUAAGGACUCAUCAGAAAGGUACUCAACUUUUAACCAGAUCUGAGUUUUUUUUUGGUAAGAAUCCUAAAAGAAUAUGUUUGGCUAGAGGGAAAAUAGAGGAAUUUGUGUGAUUCUGUCAUGGCAUCUGCUGCUACAAAUAAUUUCAUUGAAGGACACUCAGAAUGUGGUACUCAAUGGAACUCGAACCACACAAGACUUUUACGAGUGUCUGAAUCAUUUUCAAGUAGGCUCCGGUUAAGUUGAAACAUGAGCUCGGUAUCGAACCCAGAAAUGUGUUUUAAAAUAGAGAGGAAUACCAUAUGGUACCGGCAGGAAAUUCAUCAAGCUGAAUUGUGGUGCUUAGGAGGAAUAGGUUGCCCCAGCUGGAGACAAGUGCAAUUUCAAAAUUGCUGUAAUAACGCUCUAUACAAGGAACUGUGGGACGCAUGUGCUGGACCUCUUGUUACCCUUCCUCGAGAAGGGGAACGAGUUUAUUAUUUUCCACAAGGUCAUAUAGAGCAGCUUGGAGCUCCAAUUCAGCAGCAGUCAGAGCAUCAAAUGGCGUCACUUAAUCUUCCGUCCAAGAUUCUAUGUAAAGUAAUAAACGUUCAGUGUAAGGCUGAACCCAUAACAGAUCAAGUUUAUGCACAAAUAAUGCUGCUUCCUGAACCAGAACAAAUAGAUGUUAUUAGUCCUGACCCUCCACUGCCAGAACCUGAAAGAUGUGUUGUCCAUUCAUUUCGUAGAAUACUUACUGUUUCAGACAUAAGCAGCCAUGAUCACUUCUUUGUUGAUCAAAAGCAUGCAGAGCAUUGUCUACCACCAUUGGACAUGUCCCAACAGCUACCUUGGCAAGAAUUGGUUGCAACUGAUCUGAAUGGCAAUAAGUGGCAUUUCCAACACAUUUUUCAGGGCAAAUCAAACAAACACUUGCUCACGACUGGGUGGAGUGCAUUUGUCAGCUCAAAAAAGCUAGUGUCAGGGGAUAUGUUCAUCUUUCUAAGAGGAGAAAAUGGAGAACUUCGUGUUGGAGUAAGGAGGCUUAUGGGAAGAAAAACAAAUAUAUUGUCUUCUGCUACUUCUAAUCAGAUCAGGCAUUCUCUUCUUGCUGUUGCUUCUUAUGCCAUUUCAACUGGAAGUCUUUUCUGUGUCUUCUAUGAACCAAGAACUAGUCGGUCUGAGUUCAUUGUAAGCGUCAAUAAGUACAUUGAAGCUCGGAACCACAAAUUUUGUAUUGGGAUGAGAUUUCUGAUGAGAUUUGAGGGUGAAGAAGUUCCUAUAGAAAGAAUCAAUGGCACAAUUGUUAGUAUGGAAACAUCACCAAGAUGGCCUGAUUCUGAGUGGAGAUGCUUUAAGGUUCGAUGGGACGAACCGUCUUUAAUUGUGCAUCCAGAAAGAGUGUCGCCAUGGGAAAUGGAAAAUAUUUCUUCAAGCUCCCAGCCUGUGCCAAGGACCAAGCGCUCACGAUCUUCAUCACCAGGGGCAAUGGAAAUUUCUCCUUCAAGCACCCAACCUGGACCAAGGAUUAAGCAGCUGCGAUCCACCGUUUUUCUUUCACAAACUCCAGAUUUUGGUAUGUGGAUAUUCCCAGCUGAAGUGCCUGGUUUCUCAAAUUGUGAUCUCUAUCUAUCUUCUAGUUCCUCUACCAAUUCAAAAACCUACUCUUCUGAUUUUAGAGGCGAUAGUUCACAAGCUAGCACUUCACCGAACCGUGUGGUAUAUGUUACGGAGUCUGCUCCUUCUGUCAACAAAGACUUUGGAAUGGAGGAAGAUGGUUGUCCAGUCCUCAGUUUGGAAAACGAGUCUGAUCAACAUUCUGAGACUGCAAACAUUAAUCAGUCUGAAAAGCUUUCAGUAAUAAGUUGUGAUACUGAGAAGUUAUGCUCAAAGAAGCAAAUCACAAGUUGUGCAGAGGUUCGCAUGCAAGGUAUUGCUCUUGGGAGAUCUAUUGAUCUGACAAAGUUCAAAUGCCAUGAGGACCUGAUAAAGGAGCUCGAGAACAUGUUUGAGAUUGAAGGUGAGCUCAGUGGAUCCACAAAGAAAUGGCUAAUUGUCUACACUGAUGCAGACAGUGAAAUGAAGUUGGUUGGGGAUUACCAAUGGGAAGUGGUCUGCAACAUGGUGAAGAAGAUUCUGAUCUAUAGACUUGGCUAGGAAUCUAAACCACUCCUCUACUUUGACAGCGAUGCAUAAUCAGAAUAAAAGAAAAUCAUUAGAAAGAGAAAGAAAAGCCAAAACGGAAGAAUUUUUCUCAACAAUGAAGGACAGUAACAAAAAUUGUUUGGACAAGAAAUGUAAAAACUGAUUGAAAAUGUUUAGGGUGUUUUCUGAUGCAUAAUUUUAGUAAAUAGUAUCCUUGACAUUUCUCUAGAAUGCCAUGUAAUCUGAACAAGUUUUCACAAAUAAUAAAGGUCUACCUAACAAAAGAGGUCGGUUGAUGGUGGUAAA